CUUUGGGGGGGUCACCAGAAUUUUUUAACUUGUAAAGGGGUCGCGUAUUCAAGAAGGUUGAAAAACACUGGUCUAAGAUAAUGUGGAUGAAAAUUGUAAGAACAAUAAUUUUUAUAUUAUUUAUUAUACAGCUGAUAGGUACAACAGAUUUUAUUUAAUUACAUUUUAAUAUGAAUGACUUGUCACACAUUGAAGUUAAAUGACAAAAGGUAACAGAAACAAAUCAUUGUGUAACACAUUACCAUUUUGAAUUUUUUUAAUGAAUUACAAAUAUAAGAAAUAAUGAAUGCCAAUUGCAUAUUGACUAACUUGCUGGAGGAUUGUUUUCACAUUUAGUUUUGUAAUUUCUCUGUAUUUAAAUACAGUUUAACCCGAUUAUAACGACAUCGGAUGUAACGACAACCCUAAUAUAACGUCAAAUUUUUAUCGGUUCCACGAUUUUACUAUACUAGAUAAUGUUAAAAAACCCACUUGUAACGACAUAAAACCCUGUUUUAACGUCAUAUUUGAAGCACUCUCAAAUUUACAAAAUUAAAUUAUAAAUUUUAUUUAUCAAAGAAAAUACUACGUGUUCAGUCCUGGGGUCAGAGUUCGCUUCCUAGAACGAUUGUGGGUGGUACUGUCACCACCUGAUUCGGUGGGGUAAGAUGCGCCACUCCUUUAAACGACGUGACAGUGGGUUAGUCUGCAUAGCUCUCAUAAUCGUGUUGUAGUUUAGCAUCAAAUCAGAUAAAAUGGCUAGCUUAAAAAGGAAAGCGUUAACAUUAGACUGCAAAGUAGAAAUAAUUAAAGCAGUUGAAAGUGGAAGAAAAAAGGCAGAUGUAUGCAGAGACUUUGGUUUAGCAAAUUCUACAGUAUGCACAAUAAUAAAAAACAGAGAGAAAAUUUUGAAAAGUUUUCAAGAUGGCAAGGGACAAGUGAAAAAAAUUAAGUUAUGUGAAAAAGCCAAUAUUGAUGACGCUCUAAUUAAGUGGUUUAACCAAUGCAGAAGUUCCAACUUACCACUAAAUGGACCGAUACUAAUGGAAAAAGCAGAAGAAUUUGGACGACUACUAGGCGAUACUAACUUUAAAUGUUCUAAUGGAUGGCUAGACCGUUUUAAACAAAGACAUAACAUAAGUUUUGGGAAAGUGUGUGGAGAAGCAAAAAGUGUAAAUUUACUGGACGUUGAAAACUGGUUAAGAGAUGUGUGGCCUAAACUAAGGGGAGAAUAUGCAGAUGAAGACAUUUAUAAUGCAGAUGAAACCGGGAUAUUUUACAAACUUUUACCGGAUAAAACAUUUAAAUUUAAAAACGAAAAGUGUGUUGGUGGAAAACUUGCGAAAGAUAGGAUAACAGCUUUUGUUUGCGCUAAUAUGACUGGUACAGACAAAAGAAAACUUCUUGUAAUAGGAAAAUCAAAGAAUCCAAGAUGUUUUAAAAACAUAAAAACACUACCAGUAAAUUACAAAGCGAACAAAAAGUCAUGGAUGACGUCUGAGAUUUUUGAAGAAGAAAUUCGAAAAUGGGAUAAAGAACUUAUUGGUAAACGAAAAAAAGUUUUACUCCUUGUCGAUAAUUGCCCAGCACAUCCAAUUUUAGAAAAUUUAAAGAACAUCAAACUUGUAUUCCUUCCUCCGAAUUGUACUAGCGUACUUCAACCAAUGGAUCAAGGAAUUAUAAGAAGCCUUAAAUCUCACUUCAGAAAAAUUCUUUUACAAAAAAUUAUAACAAAUAUGGAAGAUAAAAAUAAAAUGGCAAUUUCUUUAUUAGAUGCAGUUGAUUUUUUGGAAAAAUCUUGGUGUAAGGUUAGUUCGCUAAUAAUAGCAAACUGUUUUCACCAUGCAAAAUUGUGUAAUAGUCAAACAGCUAUUACAUUUACGAAAGAUGACAAUGAGGACGAUGACAUUCCUUUAUCGGAAUUAAUUAAAACACUUCAGAGUUCAGAAAACGGCGAAUUUUUGUUAACUGCUGCUACUGAAUAUGAGUGUGUAGAUGAAAAUUUAAUAACAUCUCAAUUUUAUACAGAUGCAGAUAUUAUUGAGCAAAUUAAAUGUUCAGACGAAAAAAAUGUGGAUGAUGAUGAUGAUGAUAAUGAUGAUAAUGAAGAAGAUGAAAUAUCAAACAGAGAAACUACAGUGCCGUCAACUAAGGAAGCGAGUAAUGCGAUAAAAUUAUUGAAAAUGUUUUACAGGUCUCGUAAAACUUCAUCGGAAAUAAUGAACAAAAUCUAUGACUUAGAAAAUGACAUUGAUAAACAAUUUUUAGGUGAAAAAUGCCUACAAUCUAAAAUAACUGACUUUUUUUAAGUGAAUAUUUUUAUUGUUUCUUUUUAAUUGAUAUACAUUAAUUUAACCUAAAAGUGAAAGAUAUUGGACUUCAUGUCCAUUGAUAGAUAAGCAAGAAACGAGAAAAUUAUC